UGUUGGGCCGUUUAAAUGGAAUUGCGCAGGAGUCUAAUAUACAUAUGCCUACAGCCACCGCCAAGGUCAGAAGGUGUUUGCACCAUCGAAAUUGAAGGUUUCUACUUUGACUCACGUACCAAUGAUUGCCAAAUGUAUGUAUUAGGCGGUUGUCGCACCGUUCCGGGACAAAGUUUUGGCUCACGGCAAGAUUGCUUGGACACUUGUGUACAUUUGACACGGCAUAUACAGGACUUGCGUAUCAACGAAUGAGCAAUGGAGUUGGCUUGGAGUAGCAAAAUGAGCGGAACUGCGCGAAUAAUACUUGAAUAAUUAUAAGAUAAAUAAAUACAUACAUCCUUAUA